UUUUAUUUAUAAUAUCUGAUCUAAUUAUAAAAUAGUAAUAUAAAUUAAAUGUAAUCAAUUUUAGUUAGACAAAAUUUAAAUAAACAGUUUUGAUUUUAUCAAAAAAAAAAAAAAUUUUGAAAAAAAAAAAAUUGCCGUUAGCUACAGUGCAUCACCAAAUAUGGUGUGACACUGUAGCAUAACACUAUAAUGCAGUUGUGUUUAACGUUCGGUUGGAGAGAAGAAACGUCAAAUUAUGCAUUAUUAUACCGUUUACGCGUACGGUUGGAGUUGACCUGACUGAUUUUGUCGCUAGCACCCAUAACACACAGUUUUUUUGCGGCUGUUGGCGUUUUUCAAUAAUCAUAAAAAAUAUUAUAAAUCGUUUCAAACCGCUGUACACUUCUAAAAUUCAAAAAUGGUUUCAGUUUGUGUUUGUUGGAAGUUGUGAGAAUGUAAAAUACAUAUUUUCUAAAGAAAAAUCUAUAUAACUAUAAAAAUAAAAAUAUUCAAUUGUAAUUUUAAAUUAAAAUUAUAAAAAUACUAUAUAUAUAUAUUAUUUUGAUUUAUAUUAUAACUUUUUUAAACAAAAUUAUUUUAUUUAAUUUGUAAAAAUUUAAUAGUAGAAUUUUAUAUAUAUAUAUAUACAUUUUUUAUAUAUUUGUUAUAACAGUAUGAUUUGUAAUUAAACUAUAUAAAAUAUAAAUAUUUUUAAUUUGUAUUUUAAUUUCUUGAAGCGGGAAUGCAAGUAGGACAAAAUGUCGUAUAUUCGGAUAUGGCAAUGGCCAAGUACGUAAUUUUGCUUAUCGUCCUCUGUCCAACUAGCUAAAUAACUUAUUUUUUGCAUCGUUACUUCAUUAACUUUUGUUUUAUGGUUUUCCAGCCAAAUUGGCCUUCUUUUUUUUUUGAACAAUAACAUGAUGUAUUUAUAUCCAAAACGAACUAACGCAGCUCUAGAUUAGUGGGUCCGAAUUAUCGAGUUUAUUUUUAAAAAAUGUAAAAAUGAUUGCAAAUUUGACCCAGGCCUGUAACAAUCUCGUCACUUUUUUUUAAGGCUAUUGGGCUUUUCUUAUUUUUCUUUUGUUAUACAGUCAAAAGCUGCAUCACUUUUUGACCAAGCAACAAGGGGCACGUCUCUAUAUAGGACAACUAGAACCACGUUUUUCUUAUGCUCUCCAUUCAAGCUUUCGCAUUAGAUGCAAUCCAAUGAUGCAUCAUUAUGAAAGCAUCUAAUUCUAGCAAAUUAUGACAAAUGACCAACAACAUUAACUACUAUUUACCGUUCCAUUUAUACUGAUGGCAUAUACCUUUGAACAUUAUAAACCCUUGGCCUACACCUCAAGGAUCCGACGCCGUUUGAAUAGUUUGCUCCACGUUGUAAAAUGUUAUUGAAUCAAUAAUAAUGCUUGUUGCUGAAGCUCAAAUCUUACACCCCUAUAGCGUAUUAGAUGCUAAUCUAUUAGACUAUCAUUAUACCAAAUCUAUAGACAUGUGCACCUAUAUAUUUCUAUAUUUUCUUGGAAAAGACAUAUAAGGAAAAAGGGAAUGUGAUUCGUUUUAUGUUGACUUCAGGUACCACACUACAUCUCUAUAUAAAGAUACCUCCGAUAGUUUUCAAAGGUAUCUCUAACAAAACCAUACUCAGAACAAGCAAAAAGAGCAGAAAAGGGUUUUAUUUUCCAGAAGAAUGGUACUUGAAUACUCCUCCAACCACAAAUCUCAUCACCAUCAUCAUCACCGAGACUCAAUGAAGGAGUUCCAAGUUUCCUAUGUAACUGAAGAACUGAUGCAGGUCUUCGAACAUGCAGAUUUGAGGAGGAAGAAGAGCGAGAAGAUGGGUAGGAGAGAGGCUGCGAAAGAAAAAAAGGAUGUUGACAAGGAAGCAGAGGAGUUCAUCAAGUUUGAGCAUAGCAAGUUCUGUAAGUGGAUGACUUAGAGCGUCUAGUCUAGUCCAUUGAUGAUGAAGAAUAAGAAACAAUAAGGACGUACCAUAUUUUAUAUAUGUUGUACUAAUGAUAUAUAGAUAUUGUGCUCAUCUCUUCUUUUUUUUUCUUUUGGUGCAACCAUCUUCUGGUUUUUAUUUUGGUUUUUGUAACAAAAUGGAUUGAUGUUGACUUUUUCUAAAAAGAUGCAUCUAAAUAAACAAAUAAAGACUAUAACUUUAAAUGCAAAAGAUAUCACAUUUCCAUGAGUUUCUAACAUAAUUUAUGAGUUGGAUGAGUGUUCGAUCCAUGGUUUAAUCUAAUCCAAUUUGUCCGUUUGUAUAUUGUUCUCCCCAUGUAUGGUCCAAGGUGUCUAGAUGUCAUGCCUUAUAUGAAAAAAGUUGUGAUUUUCAUAUAUUAUUUAAAACAAUUUUUAAGGUAAUUAAACACCCUAAAAAAUCCCCAAAGUUCAACCAAAUAUGUUUGAGACGCGAAGCCAUUAUCGUAUUAAUUUACGUACACAACAAAUAAAAUGUAAACACAAGAGUCGAAAUCUGAUUUUUGCAUUAGACAACAAACGCACAACAAUUUAAGUCUUUUUUAUUAUGAAAAGAAACAAAAAAAAACCUCUUUUCCAUAC